ACUCGGGCUGAGCCAAGGACGAGCAAGGUAUCGUGUCACUUCGAGAUAUCCGCCCACUGCGGAUGACUUGCUAACGAGUAUAUAAGGCCAAAUCGAGACCUUUUCCACAUCAGUUGCUCGUAACUCAGCCAACAUGAAGUUCGUGAUCUUCGCCAUCCUCGUCACAGUGGCUUGUGCUGCCCCUCAGUCAACCAGAUACGAAGCCCCUGCUGCUUCUUCGACCAGAUCUGACUCGGGAGAACGCGUGGCCAUCUUGAGGGACGAAAGAAUUAUGGAGGAAGACGGUAGAUUCAACGUCGAAUUCGAGGCCGCCAACGGCAUCCACUUCGCUAAGGCUGGAUCGCCCGAUGCUGAAAAUGGGGCUGUUAUCCAGGCCGGACAGUACUCCUACACUGCUCCUGAUGGCACCGAGGUUCUAGUAAAGUUCGUGGCCAACGAAAACGGCUUCCAGCCCGAGUCCGACCUCCUGCCAGUGGCUCCCGAAUUCCCCCACCCAAUUCCCCAGUUCGUCCUCGACCAGAUCGCCUUUGCCGCUGAGGAAGACGCUCGCCGUGGGCGUGAAGGAUCCUUCGAGAGGUCAGCCUCCGUCCGUGCCCCAUCCACCUCUUAUGGGAGGCCCAAUUAAAACGUCUGGCGGACAAUGAAUCCUCUUGCUGACUUGAAUUCCGAAACAUUUUUUUUAUUUUGUCUAUUUAUUUCAAAUUGUACCUAGCUUCUGUAAAUUAAAACUAAUACUGUA